ACGACGACGACAAGACACUCGUGGGUGACAGCACACCCAGCACACCUAUGAGCAUGUCAUAUCCUCCAUCACUCGCAUGUUCACCCAUUGCAUCAUCCCCAAUAGAACUUGCUACAACGACCGACAAUACUCGAUUCGGUCCUGCCACUCCGUACCCAAUCAAGCCAGCCCUCAAGAAACCAGUAGAGCAUUCGCCCAUCGACGAUCUCCUCGCAUAUUAUGCUUGCUCGGUGGUACUCAACAAUUCGAGAUUCAACAUAUCUCGUCGACACACUUUACCACGUGACAUCACACCAGUUACACAAAAGAAGUCGCUGCGAUUCAAUCUGGACCAAGUUCAAGUACACUACACUCCAACACAUUAUAGCGUACAGUCAGCACGCAACAGUGGGCGAUCGGUUUUCCCCACUCGAUUAACUAGCAACAGUCAGAUCACUACACUCGGAAAAGAAAAACCAAUCAUAGGCAAAUGCGAUGAUUUCAAUCAGAUAUUCCAAUGGGCCAAGUCGCAAGUAGAGACUACUGGUCAUUUCACUUUAUUUGAUAACGAAAAACGUAUUGUCCGGAGUAAAUCAUCUUUGCAAUCAACCAAGAAAACAAGGACUGUACCUGUGAAAAAUGCCAAAGUCCAAGUUAAGACACCGUCUGCCAAAGCCGAACGAUCACCUGUCAAGACCGAACGAUCGCGAUCAACUGUCAAGGCCGAGCGAUCAUCAGUGUCAGAGUCUUUUCUUAAUAAUGUGGUUUCUGAUGAUGUGGUUUCAAAGGCCACCAAUCUCGCUGCUAAUGUGGCUGAUGUCAUGAGCUGGGCAAGCUCGAUGAUAUGGGAUACGACUAUCUACUAG